AUUCAAUCUUCCAUGCAACUUGCAUGGGUAUGAACGCAGCUACCGUCCUGAACCAUAUCAUCAAUGGCGAACCCACCACCCCCUGCAGCUCCAAAGGGGCAACAUCUUCACAAGCGAAAGCCUUAACAACUACAAUCAUCAACCAUCUUCGUUUGGGUCGACUUGGAAAAGCUGUCUCUGUUUUGUUCUCAGCUCCAGUUCCUUUCCCUUUUGCUCUCUAUGUUCAUCUCUUCAGAAUCUGUGCAUCAAAGAAGGCCAUUGUUGAAGUCCGUAAAGUCGAGUCGCAUUUGGUUAGUUUUGCUCCAACCCCACCUGUAUUCUUGCUCAAUCGAGCAAUUGAAGCGUAUGGUAAAUGUGGGUGUUUGGUUGAUGCAAGAGAGCUGUUUGAUGAAAUGCCUCAAAGAGAUGGUGGGUCUUGGAAUGCUAUGGUUACUGCUUAUUCACAAAAUGGGUAUGCUGGGAAGGCAUUGGGUGUGUUUUCUGAUAUGCAUAAGUCUGGGAUUUUUGCUGCUGAGGUUACUUUUGCGAGUGUUCUUGCUUCGUGUGCUUCUACCUUGGCGCUUUGGCUUUCUAGACAGGUGCAUGCCCUUGUUUUUAAAUAUGGUUUUGGUGGUAAUGUGAUUUUAGGGAGUUCACUUGUGGAUGUGUAUGGGAAGUGUAGGAGAAUGGGGGAUGCACGGAAAAUGUUUGAUGAAAUUGAGAGACCAAAUGCUGUUACUUGGAAUGUGAUUGUUAGGAGGUAUCUUGAGAUGGGUAAUGGAAAAGAGUCUGUCUUUCUGUUUUUCAAAAUGAUUAGUCUUAAUGUGAGGCCGCUGACAUUUACAGUCUCAAAUGCUCUAGUUGCUUGUUCUAGUUUUAGAGGAUUUCGUGAAGUAAUUCAAAUUCAUGGAUUAAUUAUCAAGAUUAGUUAUGAAGAGGAUGAGGUUGUUUCGUGCUCUCUAAUUGAUGUGUAUGCCAAAUGUGGGGAUUUAGUGUGUGCUCGGACAAUUUUUGACCUACUAUCCCCUAAAAAUUUGAUUCAUUGGACUUCUAUGGUGUCAGGAUAUACGCUGAGUGGGAAAACCAGGUUAGCAAGGGAGCUUUUUGAUAGGAUGCCUGAACGCAGUAUAGUUUCAUGGAAUGCAAUGCUAGCAGGAUAUGCACAUAAUUCACAAUGGGAUGAAGCAAUGGAGUUAAUCAUUUUAAUGUGCAACGAUAUGAGGAACACUGAUCGUGUGACUGUAAGUUUGAUCCUGAAUGUUUCUGCAGGGCUUUCAGAUCUUGAAUUGGGGAAGCAGGUUCAUGGAUACAUGUAUAGGCAUGGUUUCUACUCCGACUUGAGUGUUGCUAAUGCCCUUCUUGAUAUGUAUGGGAAAUGUGGGAACUUGAGAAAGGCUAGAACUUGGUUUUACGAAAUGCGUCAUUUCCGAGAUAUGGUUUCUUGGAAUGCUUUGUUGAGUAGCUAUGCUCGUCAUAGGAUGAGUGAAGAAGCUUUAGUAAUUUUCUGGGAAAUGCAACAAGAGGCGACACCUAGUAAAUUCACUUUUGCUACUCUCUUGGCGGUUUGUGCAAAUAUUUUUGCUCGUGAACAAGGUAAACAAAUCCAUGGGUUUUUGAUUAGAAAUGGUUAUGAUUUGGACAUCGUUAUCAGAGGAGCUUUGGUUGAUAUGUAUUCCAAAUGUCGUUGUCUUGACUAUGCACUGAAUGUUUUCAUUGGGACUUCUGUGAAAGAUGUUGUUCUCUGGAAUUCUCUGAUGCUUGGAUGUUAUUAUAACAAACAAAGUGAAGCAAUAUUGAAAUUGUUUGAGUUGAUGAAGGAGGAUGGAGUGAAGCCAGAUAGUACAACCUUCCAAGCUGUACUGCUUGCAUGUAUUUCUCAGGGUUGUGUGAAAUUGGGUGGACAGUAUUUCAAUUCACUGAGUCAAGAUUAUUUUAUUAUACCACAAGUAGAGCAUUACGAAUCCAUGAUAAAGUUAUAUGGUCUGCAUGGAUUCUUUGAUGAGCUUGAAGAUUUUGUUGAGAAGAUGCCAUUUCAACCCACAGCCCCUAUGUUAGCAAGAGUUUUUGACUCUUCCAAAGAAUACAAUAACACAAGGUUAGGAAAAUGGGCUGUCAGACAUCUUAGUUUUCUGAAGGACUGAGAUUUUUUAUUCCGUUUUG